AUGCCCAUCGCCACCCUCGACCCCUUUAAAAACUCGAGUCAGUCCGACCUCCGCCUUAGCAACAAUACUCAUAACAACAGCAGCAACAACAACAGCAGGCUCGACUCUUUUAAUUUCCUCAAGAGCAAUAACGGCAGCAGCAACCAUCUCCGUUACAAUAACAAUAACAACAACAACAACAACAAUAGCAACAGCACGACCCCAACGACCCCUAUCCCUACCUCACCUUCCCCUUCGCCUGCUCUUCUGUACCAGCAUCGGUUCGAUACCGAUAGCAAUCACGGCAGCAGUCCAUACACCUUCAAUCCCAGCCCCUCGCUGACGCCCAUGACCACCACCGACGACGAGUCCUCCUCCGCCAGUUUCCGCCCACGGCCACGCCAGCUUAGUAAACCCAGCACAAUGCCCUCUCCCCUCGGCAACGGCUAUAAAGGCAACGGAAGCUCUUUGGCGCUCUCGAGUUUUUCCUUUCUCUCGUCCCCCGACAAGAGCAACAGCACUGUCCCCCACCCACACGAUGGAAAUCACCCCUACGGCCAUACCACCAAUAGCAACAACAAUAACAAUAACAGCGCUCACGCUGCCCUCAACCUGCCACUCACCACCCAGUUACGAGUUCGACACCUGGAGCGCAAUUCGAUGUAUGCGGGAUAUCUGACAAAGUUCUCGUCCAGGACGUUCUUCUCCCGCAAGCAGUGGAAACGACGCUAUUUUAUCCUCAGCCAAAAGUCGCUCCACUGUUUCAAGUCCUCGGAUCCACAGCACCCACUGCUCGAGUCGAUUACGCUCUGUUCUGACACUAUUAUCUGUGUCACCGACAUGUUUGCAGGAAAACGGUUCUGUCUCCAGAUCAGCUGUCCAGGGGAGAAGAACUGGUACGUGCUCGCCGACACUGCCACCGAAAUGUCUGGCUGGCUGCGCGAACUCAAGGGGACCGUUCAACGUGUGCGCACCCUCCAGGUCGACUCGCGCCCUCCCACCCUUUACUCCGAGUCCGAGAUCUCCGACAUGACUUCCGUCUCGGGUCUUCGAGGCGUUCCUCACGUUCCAGCCAUCCCCAGUCAGUACGAGACCUUGGACGGACAUACGCGAUCGCUUUCAGGAUCCAUGCAUCACGGUCCAUCUCCUUCGCUUACAUCGUUUUACUCUGUGCAGGGCGGUUUAGACGCUUACCACGGACAGGCUAAAAGUCUCAGCCCGCCGCCUCGACCCAUAACGCCCAAGCCCUCAACGCCUACAUCAGGAUCGAUACCGCAGCAUCAGCACCAGAGAAAUCAAGGAUCGUUGCAGGCACUCUCAUAUGGACAGAAUCAUGGACAUUCACCUUCCUCAGAUCCUAUGCCCGUUCCAGAACCCAGGAGGAGACGAAACAGUUCUCUGUCAGCCGGUCAGCCUGCUACGGACUAUGCGAGCUUUGGAUCUGUCAUGGCUCGUGCAGAGGCAUUGGCGGAGGUACAAAAGGAGUCACCAUCGUCUUCUUGGUCAAUACCAGCAAAGUACGAAGGCGCCAGCAGCGGCAGUGCGACACUUCCCAGGAGCAAGCGAGAUUCGACCGUAUCGACGAUGUCUAAUAUGUCCUCAGUAAACAACAGCAACAGGAUGUCAAGCAUGGCCGACCGUUCUGAAGCCCUGGCCUCUGUCUCUCAUAGGAGCUCUCAACGGCUUAUGGGCAGUCCCUCUCGUCCUAUGAGCCCUGUUUCUUCUCGACCCUUGAGCCCCAGCAUGACCAGGACAAGUCCAAGAAGCUCCUUGGUCAUCUCGCCUCCACCACGGAGUAUCCACCGACCUGUUAGUGUCUCGAUCCGACAUUCGACACAGAUCCUCCCUCCACCUCAGAUUAUUACGGCCGGUCUUUCAUCUCAGUAUUCUGCUGGCAGUCCACUGAGCUCCAACCCACCAACGUCCAGCCUGCCCGCAACACCAGAUUCAGUCGGAAGCAACUACCAGCAAAUGUAUUCUGGAUCGCUCUCUCGUAUCACCAGUCUUCGUCACCAACGGGAUCUGCCUUCAAGCCGCCAGAGUAUGAUCAGCCUCUCGUCUAACCACUCAGGAAUUCCUACCGGUACAGGAUCACUUCAGGAGCGCGUUCAGCGGAGCUCGUCCAGGACAAGCAUUAUGAGGCCGUCAAUGCCAUCCGCAACAACAGGAAUUCAGCUACACCCAAAAUCGUCCACAGAUUGGGUCCACUCUAGUCGUUCCUUGUCUCCGACCCCUUCUUUGGCCUCUGCUCCUACUCUUCCUCUGCCACAACCACCCAGGUCGAAUUCGAGCUCUCCCAGUAAGGAACCCACUCCAUCGAUCACCUCGACCUCGUCCCAGUCAUCCGCGACAACAUCACAAUCGCAGUCAACAGACCGAGAGCCAUCUCGCCGUGCAUCAAGUGUUCCUCGCCAUCAUGAACCCGACCUGACCAUCCCCAACCGGUCCAAGGCACGAGCCAGAUCGGCGUCUCAGGAGGCUGCUGUUUUGGUGUCGAAAUUGAACGAGAUCCAUUUGGCUCGCAAGGUAUCAACCCCUUCCCCACGACUCAGCGCCGUCAUUGCACCAAGUCAGGUUCCUUCGCCCACAAGCCCUGGAUCAGGAUCUGAGAAUAAUGGCCAUCGCCAUCUUCGACAGAUGUCGUUGCCCCUUCAGUCCAUGUAUGUUUUACCCGAUCCACCGACUCGGGAGGCACCUGCCCACCCGACCAGUUCCACCUCAUCUUCGCCAUCUCGACCUCUCAAGCAGCGUUCUUCGGGAUCCAGCAAUGCCCUUCGGCCUUUGUCGUCGGUGAUGGGACAGCAGGUUCCGUCGUUGGGAGGAGGAGUUGCACGGAGAUCUUCGAAUGCCGCGGUAUCAUUAUCGGGAGGUUCUAACCGGGACUCUAUUGUCAAGACGGCAGGCGGUAACGGCAGUAGCGGCGGCAACCAACACCACCAGCACCACCGACAUUCGGUUCAGAUUGUGCCAUUGCAGACUGUUCUUCCUGCACCUCCAACAACCGCAUUGCCCUCAAAGCCCAAGGAGCCCAGCGAGGGUAGCAGUAGCAAGAAGGAAAAGCGGAUUGGUGGUGCUCACCAGGCAAGCGCGUCCACGACAUCCACGGGGACUACCGGAACUGGUUUCGGUGCGAUUCUCGAGGAAGAGGAAGAAGAGUAUGAAGAGGAUGAUGAUGAUGAUGAGGACGAGAGCGAGUUUGGAACGAGUCUGCCGUUUGAAGAGCUGGAGGCGGUGAAGCGGUCAACGGAGCAGGAUAUUGACCAGGAUAGCACUGCGACGACGCCGACGACCAGUCUGGGAGUGCGACCCGAGUACUAUGCGACCAAGGAGCGGACAGUGGUCGAGUACAUUUUCCCUAGCGAGGCCUUCCCCGUCUAG